AGUCCAGAUCAUUUUCUGAUUCGGCGUCGUCACAUAUUAGAGCAAGAAGCUGAAAGAAAUCGGUGAUGCUGCUACUGGCCUUCUGUCGUCCGGCGCUACCGCUUCUGGUUCUUCUGCUGGUCUCCCACUGUGUCGCUAUCAGGCAGCCGGAGGUCAGGGGUACCGACCCAGGCACUCCUGCUGCUGAAGCUGCCAUCACACCUCGGCUAGUCUCCACAGACGCAGACAGACAGUCCGGAGGAGCAGAGAGUCCACCCGACAUCCCUCAGCUGGCCGCCCCACAGUCUGGCGAAAGUGUCGUUCGAAGGAAGCGAGAAGGGUCAGAUCUGAACGCACCCACUAGAAAGCGGAGUCACUGCAGUCAGGAUCUGGGUGAGCGGCCACAGCGCUAUUCGUUCGGCAUCGGCAAGCGGACGCCUUACGCCUUUGGACUCGGUAGAAGAGGACCGUACUCAUUCGGACUCGGAAAACGAGCAUCUUAUUCGUUCGGGCUUGGAAAACGGACGCCGUACAGCUUCGGCCUCGGAAAGCGACGGCCCUACAGUUUCGGUCUGGGCAAGCGCCGACCGUACGGUUUCGGCCUGGGGAAGCGUUCGUGGGGCUCCUGGUUUGACGGGCCGACAACGAGGGACCUGCUGAAGCGGCCGAGCUACAGUUUUGGUCUGGGGAAGCGCGGCGCCCCGCUCAGCCACCUCUGGGAGACGGAGUCGCUGCCGGACGGUGGGCCGCUGCCCGCGCCGGCGGUGGAGGGGGCUGCUGAGCCGAUGACGGCCCUGACGGGCGCGGGCGGCUGCCGGGAGCUGCAGAAGCUGGGCCGGGGCCGGGGCCGGGCGGAGCUCAUCGGUCCCCUCCCCGGCGCAGAGCAGCGGCCCGGGGAGGGCGUUCCGGUGAUAUAAGCGGAGACAUCACGACGGGUGGCUGUCACAACUCGCAGGACACAUGCGAUAAAUUAAUGCAAUUUAUCGGUCAACACGACUGCUGUAUAAAAGAUCGAGCUUUGACACACUAACUGAAGUGCAAGACGGCCGUUAAAGUGAAUCAGUAUCACUUAUAAUUCACUUGUAUAGCCACUUAGAUAAGUACCUAUGUAAUGUAUGUAGCAGGUACUUGCAUAUCUUGUUUUGUGCGUUUGAAUGUAUUUGGAUAUUAUCAUUAUUAUCGUAGGCAUUUUUUCGUAGUUUUGCCGGUAUCAUUACAUUCUGGUUAUCCAGGGACCUUAUCCUUUUGUAUCCUAUUUUCAGGAUGUUUCGAUGUCAUGUUUUACAUUCAAAAUGUUUAUAGCGUUGUUUAGUAUGGGAACGUUCUCCCUUGAGGACUUUAUACUCAUCAAUCAGCAGUUCGUUUUACUGGGAUUCGAAGAAAUUUUGUCGGAAUUCAUGAAUAUUGUAUACCGUAUACUUCAUGUAUUAUUGUAUACUACAUGUGUAUUGUGUAUACCGUAUUACGUAUACUUAUAGGUACCUAUGCCUACCUAAAAAGUUGCUGAGAUUCGGCCAGCUGAGUUUUCAACCAGACGCAGGUGUAAAGGUAUAUUUGAUAAUGUAUGUAUGU